UAGUUUGAUGAUUUUCACAGCGUUAAGAAAGGAAGUGGAAACACGUUGUGGUUUAAUGUCUCUGCACUGAAAGGAAAUCUGCAGUUUGAUCAGUGCUUUUACAGAUGAAAGACAAUGGAGAAGAUCAUGCUCUUUUGUGUUUUUUCAUACUUGAUUGUUCAGAUCAGCUCCAGCGAUGCUUCAGAACAUAAUGUGACUCUGUUAAGAUUUCAGCUGAAUGAAAGCAUCACUCUGAACUGCAACAUGACAUACAAUCAUGAAAUAGCCUGGUAUCACCAGAAUCCUGAAUCUGGACGACUAACAAUGCUGAUAUUUGCCUUAGCCAUGGGCAGGAUAAGAGAGCUAGUUUCAAACCGUUAAAAACACUCGCGUAACAGUUAAAGAAGAUAGAAGUAGAAACACAGGCUCGCUAGUUAUGACUGGACUAAUGGAGUCAGAUUCAGGUCUUUAUUUCUGUGGAACAAGAUCAGUGAAUUCAGACAUGCACUUUGAGAAACCCAUCAGACUACAGAUCGAGGACAGAGAAGACAAAGUUCAGUCCGUCACAGAUCCUCCAGAGGAAGAUGAGAUCACAGAUGAAGUGACGCUGACGGAGCGUGUGCUGAUGUUCAGUGGUGUUGCUUUGGCUGUGUUUCUGUGUUUUCUGGUUAUAAUCAUUGCAGGAAGAAACAUUUACUGUCACGGUUGGCGGAAAGGAUGGACCGCAGCCGAACAUGCUGGUCUGAAUGUUUAAAACUCACCUAAAUGACAUUUGUGAGCUUUAUUUUUUAACAAUAAUCAGCAUUUAUACUUUACACCAGGCUCACCGAUGUGAUUCAGAUGUGUUUCUGUCGGCCAGAUCUCAUAGACGUCUGUUUUAUCUGUUCAUGGCACAAACCUGUUCAAAUAAAAUGUCUUCAGUGUUCAAAGUGUUUUUGAGUUUCGAUCAAAUAAACAGCAGUAAAACUAUCAUGUCACGGUUGUAUUUUUGAUGAAGAAAAUGUAUAGAAAUGAUAAUUCUUUCUAAAUGUUAUGUAGAUCUAAACACACGGUCUGUGACUAUAAACAGAAACAGAUGCGAAUGAAUAAGUGUGUGUGCCGUCUUUCUUUAGUGAAAUAACAAUAAAUACCACUUUUCUGUCUGACUAAAUUGCAAUCCUGAAACAAAUUCAUUUAUUAUGAUCACUGUAUCACUUAUUAUUGUAAAACUGAUACAACAUCAAUGCGCUUUUAAAUCUCUAAUUAAACUACAAAAAUGGGUUCUUAUGUCAUGUUUGUUUUGUGAUUUCACUAGUUUCUGAUAAAUCUUAUCUUUGUUGGUGAAAUGCUGUGGUUUCAUUUCAAAUAUCUUCAGCUCUGUUCUGAGGUUGAAUGAAAGUCUUUGGGA